AUGUCAAAUAAUUCCUCUCUUUACGAGGAGGAAGAUGUGUGUUCUAAAGCUCUUUUGUGUUCACCCGUUAUUGUUAUUGCCACGUGUGUAUCCUUAAUUGGAAUACUGGCUAAUUCUGGGGUGCUUGGAAUUAUUUUCCGCGUCAAACGUCUCCACAGACCGAUUUUCUUCGGAUUUGCGGCUUUGGCAUUGGCCGAUUUGCUGUACUUGGUUUUCAAUACAUUUCUAGUGCAUCUUGGGUGGUUCAUUCCUUCUGGAACCGAAAGUGAUAUAGUUGCUAUUAUACUAAGUAUUAUGGCCAUUACGAGUGCUCUUUCGUCAGCAUCCCACGUGACGUUCCUGUCCAUACAGCAGUACUUCAUGAUCGCCCACCCUCUGUCAAGCCUGGCAAGACAAACCAAUAAGACAGUCUUUCGUGUAUCUCUCUCUAUAUGGAUUUUAUGUACUAUUCCUGCAUCUUUCUACAUUUAUGCUGUUAAAAUAAGUAAAAAUCCUUCGCUGAGGAAAACGGUGAAUUUCUGUAUCACGAUAAUCGUGACGUUUGUGCCGAUUCUUGUUAUUUUAGUUUGCCAUUUCUUAAAGCUGCGAGCUCUGAAAGAAUCCAUUACAAAUGACAGACAGGCUACACGCAAGAAAAUGUCCAAAAUCGUUUCAGCUGUGGUUUUGUCGUAUCUAGUAACAACGUUACCAAUAAAUAUACACGAUACGAUCAAACUGGCCCGGGAAAUAGAAAUAUCGAUGCUAUAUAUCGUGAUAUAUCGAAUAGCGUUUACUCUACUUCAUCUGAAUUUUACUAUCAAUCCCUUUAUCUACUUUAUAUUUACACCAAAUUGCCGACGAGUACUCUUAUUUGUUAACUGUUUUAAAUGCAAGAAGUAUAAAACUGCGGAGAUCAGUUCUAGACAUACCAGAAGUACACUUUUGUCGCAGGAACCCUGUGUGGGAGUGCAUGAAACGUCAGGAGAACGUUAUGCAGAAGUUCAUGACACGUCACAUUCUUGUGCAGAAGUACGUGAAACUUCAUGCGAACCCAUGCAUAAACAAGACAACUGUGAGGAAAGAUGUGAAACAAAAGUGUAG